GUACUAGCAGUGACCACCACACCACGCGUUUAAUAGCAUUCAUAAAUCAUAAUGUCACCAGCUGUAACCCAAUCACUCACCUUCUCCAUGUGAGUGAGCUUCUCCAUUAAACUCUCAUAUCUCUCUCUCUCUCUAAAACCACACCUCAGUUCAACUUCUCUCUCUAAAAUGGCGAUUCACAAACUCGCUCUGCUACUCGUUCUCACUCUGAUAACUUCAUCUAGACUCGUCUCUGCUCAACUCAUCACCGAUUGGCCGUCGAUGGCGAGCGCCGUCUCAAUGUACGGCGAUUUAGAGGACAACACUGAGUCAGAUCUUUUUGACGUUGACGGAGACGAUGAUGACGGUGAAAUCGCUGACCGUAGAUCUUUGAUUUGGAGGAGGUUUCAUUAUUACAUAUCCUACGGUGCUCUGUCUGCUAAUAGGAUUCCUUGUCCGCCGAGAUCUGGAAGAUCUUAUUACACUCAUAACUGCUUCAAAUCUAGAGCUGCUGUUAAUCCGUACACUAGAGGCUGUUCUAGGAUCACUCGUUGCAGAAGAUGAACUACAUUAUUGUAGCGGAUAUGAAAUUUGUGAGAAAUUUGGUAAAAAUGCUCUAGAUUUAGUAAUUUAAUGUGUGAUUUGCUAUUUUAGGUUAAUAAUUAUUGUUUUGUAUUGUAAUUUUAUGUCGGUGAUUUUAAUUAAUUAUCUUGCCAUGUGUAUUUUUAUUGGUGAUUAGGCUGCAACAAUUAUUGUUUUUCUGUUCUUCAGGAGAGAAUUAUGAUAUUUAUUUAAUCAUUGGCUAAUUGUUUUA